AUUUUCAAACGCAUGAGGAACUUAGAUGGAAGUGCAUGCAUUUGGGUUUUCGGAGUUUUCCAUAGACAAUAGGAAGAAACCAGAGAGCGAAUGCUGUUCAGAUUGUUUACAAAUUUAUAAAUUAAUAUUAUUGAGGAUACUUUAAAGAACAAUGGCAGAGAAACCAACACCUGGAGAUCACAGACGAAAGUGGGACAAGGAUGAGUAUGAAAAAAUUGCUAAAGUUCGAUUGGAAGAAGAGGAAAGGAAACUCCUUGAAAAAGAGUUAAAAGAGCCACCUAUCAAAAGAGAACUAUUAAAACCUAGAGAAUAUAAAGUUGAUCUAGAUUCUAAAUUAGGAAAAUCUCAGGUUAUCACAAAGCAAACACCUCAGUCAGGACAAGGAGGGUAUUAUUGUAAUGUAUGUGAUUGUGUUGUCAAAGACUCUAUUAAUUUCCUUGAUCACAUUAAUGGAAAGAAACAUCAAAGAAAUUUGGGAAUGUCAAUGAAAAUAGAAAGGUCAACAUUAGAUCAAGUGAAGAAAAGAUUUGAAAGUAAUAUGAAGAAAAAAGAAGAAAAGAAAAAAGAAUAUGAUUUUGAGGAGAGAAUUAAAGAAUUACAAGAAGAGGAAGAAAGACAGAAAUCAUACAAAAAAGAAAAGAAGGCAGACAGAAAAAGAAAAGCAGAAGGAGAAUUGAACUUAAACAUUGAUCCUGACAUGGCUGCUGUCAUGGGAUUCUCAGGGUUUGGGGGGUCGUCAAAAUGAUACAAUCUGUUUGUACAAAUCUGAAAAGAGUGCAAGAAUAGAGAGACUGCUAUUAUAUACAUGUUUUUGUGUGUAUAUUUGUUGAUGAAUGAGUCUAAAAGAGUUAUGUGAAGCAAAUUAGAUGCAAGCUUGUUCAUAUAUUAUAAAAUUGAAUUGGGGAUCAGAGAGAAUUGAAAAUUUUGUUAUA